AUGUUCUGGAAUGAACAUCAACAAAUGCAGUACAAUCAGGCAUCGCAUCGUCCGCAUCGCCAACGAGAGGUGGCCUUGGUCUCUCGUGCUCUCCUUCGAGAUGCAAAUCAGGUGCUUCAAACAUCUCGACGCGCUCUUCCCAACCAGGUUCCACAGGCUGCAGCCGGUGCUGUACAAGGUAAGCAACCAACAAGGCGUUUGCAGGCUCAGCCCUUGCAGCUCAUCCCUGAAGAAGGUGAGUCCAGCGAGAGCAACGAGGACACUCAAGAUGCUCGAGUGAAGCUCUUCAGUAUGGAGGCAUCGGAGGACGAAUGCAGUGCAAGUGUUUUCACUCCGCAAGGACCAGUGCCUCAGCCGGAGGGGCGGACUGAGCAUGCUUCAGCUCUGGCGGCUGGGCAAAUGAGGACAGUGAAACCUGGCCAUUUCAAGCAGGAGGGCUUCCAUGCAAAGUUGGCCAACUUGGCUGAGCGGCGGGUGCUGAGUGCUGCAGUGCGCAGCUUGCACCAGGAUCUGCUGCAGAGCCGCAGUGUGAACUUGCUGGAGUUGCCGAGGAGACCCGAUGGUUCAUCCCGGGUGAUGCAGGUCUCCUUCUUGACACGAUUGCUAUCUGGGACAGAGAUCAAGAACUGCAUGGAAAGCGACAUCAGCGCUGCAUACCUUGACCUGCGACAUCUUACCCUGGAGCAGCUCUUAAGCAUCAAGAUGGCAAAUCUGGACUUUGUGACCGCGUCAGCAAGCCAUUCAGCACACAACAACUUCUUGGAAGCUGUGGAGGCCUAUCUUUCUGAGCAGCUCCUCCAACGCGCCCUUGCCUGCUGCGACCACGUUGGGCGGCAGCUGCGUGCCGCUCUCGGGCGACGCUUGCUUAUGAUUAUGGGAGCUUGUGCUUUACUGCGGGAGGGCUGGGGCAGCUUUCAGGGCACAUUCCCUGCCUACUGGGCUGUUGAACUUGAUUCAAAGGUAUGGCAAGGAGCCUCUGUAGCCAUCUUCCAGCCAAAGCAGCUGAAGGUGCAACUAUUUAGUCAGCCAGAUGAAGCAGCGCUUGGCGCUAGCGGCUCUAUGGUGGCGGUUGUGAAAGACACCAGCUCUGGGAUUGCGCCCUCUCGGAGGCUCCAGUGGGAGGUCACUGCGGUUGACCCAAGUACUUGUGACGUGACUGCUGCUGUCACCCAGAAUGCUGCUCUCUUGCAGAAAGAGCUCGAAAAGGUUCUGUCUGCGAAGCGACAUCAGACAGGCCAGAUCCCAGAUGCGAUCAGGGAAAUACCACGGCCUUUGCGAUCCAGGGUGUUUCCGCUACCGGGAGUUUGUCUCUUACAGGAGUCUUCUGGACGGAAGUCCUGGGGCCAUGCCGCAGCAAGGGGAUCUGGACGAGUCAAGCAAUCGAUCGAGCGUAUUGACAAAAGGAGCAGACAAGGCAUUGAGAGAUGCCUGGACUGA